CAGAAAUCAUGAUGGACAAUGUGUUCAAGAUUCAUGGCUUCCCGAAAGACAUUGUCUCUGACCGGGGGCCCCAGUUUGUAUCACGGUUUUGGAGGGAUUUCUGCAGACUCAUAGGAGCUAAGGCCAGCCUGACCUCAGGCUAUCACCCGGAGGCCAACGGCCAGACCGAACGCCUCAACCAGAUACUGGAAACCAACCUCCGGUGCCUGGUGUCCCAGAAUCCCUCUACAUGGAGCAAACACCUGGUCUGGUCUUUCCAGACAAUGAGCCGGAAGUAUCGGUCCCCUCGGCACAUGCCCUGGUCCGACGUUGCCGACGCAUCUGGGCAGCAGCUCGUCUGGUGCUGAUCCGACAGAGAGACCGGAUGAAGAAGACUGCAGAUCGAAAGAGGAGACCCGCUCCGGCAUAUCAGCCAGGGCAUAGAGUUUGGCUCUCGACCAAGGACAUGCGACUCAAGGUACCCUCCAAGAAGUUAGCACCCCGAUUCAUAGGUCCAUACCCUAUCACCAGAGUCAUCGGACCCUCUGCUGUACGACUCCGUCUGCCCCGGUCUCUACGAGUAUACCCAACCUUCCACGUCAGCCGAGUGAAACCGGUUAAAGUAAGCCCGUUGGUUCCAGCCACCACGUCCCCUCCGCCACCCGAGAUGAUUGAGGGCGGUCCUGUUUACAAAGUAAAGAAGUUGUUAGCAGUUCGCAGCAGGGGCCGGGGCAGACAGUAUCUGGUGGACUGGGAAGGGUAUGGACCGGAAGAGAGACAGUGGGUGCCUUCUCUGCACAUUGUGGACUCCACCCUCAUUGAGGACUUCCAUAAAGACCAUCCCGGACAGCCUGGGCCGUCAGGUGUCGGCCCUAAAGGGAGGGGUACUGUCACACCGCGAUCACGGGCCCUUCCUCUUGUGUCACCAGUCUGACGUCAUCCCUGACCCUUGAUUGUUUCCACCUGUUUCCCAUUACCCUCAUGUUCCAUAUAAGCCCAUCCCUCUCCUUGUUCUGUGCCAGAUUGUCUCGAUCCUUCGUGCCUGUCUUGCAUCCUAGUUCAUGUUCUUGUCUUGCCUCGUCCCACGACCACGUAUGUUUAUCCAGCGUUUUUCAAGCUGUAAUUUUGAGUUAACCUUUUCCUCCCUUAGAGCGACCUUUGUUAUUUAACCUUUUUCAACCGCAGUGGUGAGUUAUGAUUUUUCUUUAAAUAUUUCCUUCCUCAAAGUUUGAGUGAUUUUUGUUUAUAUAAAUGUUAGAAUAAUUGUGAGAGUAGUAAGUUUUGAUAGUCCUUUAUUUCUUCCUCCGUUUGGAGCGUUUUUUGUUAACGUUUUUUAUAGCAGAUUCGUUGCUAGUUAUAAUUGUCUUAUUUUUGUCUAUUCCUCCGUUGGAGUGAUUUUUGUUUUUUUCCCUUUUUGGAAACGUUUUUUGAUAUAGUAGAACCUCAUAGUGAUUGUCUAUUUUCUGCUCUGGAGGUUAAGAGUUAUUUUCAAAAUAAAAGCCUUGUUUAGAACCUCCCCUCUCUG